GAGGACGCAAUAAUCACGGGUGGAUGAACUGGACUCAAUUUCAAAUCCAGAUAUAUAUUCCUACUUUACAAAGAAGAGUUGAACCUAGAUGUCAGGGUUACCCAGCUCCAAGCAAGACCAGCCAAAUGUAAACCAGUGCUUACGGCAAAGUUAAUGCUGAAGAGAUGAGGCAUGGACAGAGUCACCAUGGGAGUUUGGUCUAUGAGGCUUCUACUGGAGUGGUGCUGGUUCUGCUGGGGCUUCUGGGCUCAGUCAGUGGCUGCCCUACUAUCUGCACCUGCUACCACAACACAACUGACUGCUCUGCUGUGGGGCUUGUCUCUCUGAUGCCCAUCCAAAAGCAGCUAGGCUUGGAUUCACUGGUGCUCCAUCUUUCUAGGAACAACCUGUCCUCCUUGGGUAGCAGCGACAUGCUGAACCUCAGCAACGUGGAGCUCCUUGAUCUGUCUCACAAUUAUUUUCACAGCUUGCAGCCUAGAGCUUUCAUUGGCCUGAGCAGCCUUCAGUGGUUAAAUCUCUCUUCUAACUACCUUGGUGUUAUUGUAACAGCCUCUGACCUCCCUAACAGCAAAGUGACUGGCCAAGGACUGAAUGGAAGUGUUGGUUUAAGCAAGGAGGUCUUCCAGGGAUUGUGGCAGCUGCAGGGGCUUGAUCUGUCCUCUAAUAGCCUUCUUUUGCUGCCAAAGGGCCUCCUGGAUGGUCUUCAGAGACUCAACUGGUUGUCCCUGGCUCGCAAUCGGCUUAAGACCCUGGACAGAGUUACAUUUGAGCCCCUAGUUAACCUCCAGCAGCUCCAGUUGGCUGGAAAUCAUUGGGAAUGUGACUGCAACUUGAGGGAUUUCAAGAACUGGAUGGAGUGGUUAAUUUACAGAGAUGGGCAGGUAGAUGUGAUGCAGUGCAAUUUCCCCAGGAACCUGAAGGGCAGGGACAUCCGUAGCAUUCCAGCAGAGAUGUUCACUUAUUGUGCAAGUCCAACCAAGGAUGUUGCAUUGAAUCAGUCCACUAAGCCUCCCUGCCCGCCAGGGCGGCUCAGCAGCAUGGAUGAGUGUGUUCGGCAGCGACAAAGGCCAAUCAGCGUACGCAGAGCACAUGGCACACAAAUAGUGGCGGGAGUGGUGUGUGGCACAGUGUGCAUCAUGAUGGUUGCUGCAGCAACUUACGGCUGUGUCUAUGCCUCACUCAUGGCUCGGUACCAGAGAAAGAUGAAGAGCCGCGGACAGCCUCUGAUAGCCAAGUCUGGAACGGAGACUGACCUGGAUGACAUCCCAGCUUUAUCUACUGAUACACCCAAAGACAGCUGUGACUUUGUGUAUGGAUAUCGAAUCAGCAGCUUCUGACAUGCUAAGAUCCUUUUGCUUUGGCAGCUUUGCUCUUCAGUUCUCAAACAGUGUUUGCACAGAGAAACUCUGCAAUUCUGCCACUGUGCUAAAACUCUUUGGGCAUGCAGUGACUAUACAAUUAAAAAGUUAGACUAGGUGAAGGUC